GGAUGGGGAGGGGGUGGGGGGCACGGGGACCUCUCGUUCGCGUCCAACGCUGGAUUCCGUAAGGAGCACGAGACUGAUCCAGACCGAAGCGCCCGGAACCACGACGGAACCAGCGAAAACUGAAAGAAACCGGACCUUCUGGCGUCCAGGUCCAGCAGUGAUCCAGUUGUUUUCCUCGCACCUCUGGGCACUACCGUGAACUUCCUGUGACGUCAACUCUGGGCCCUGGACUUCUGUCAAUGUCAGAAGAUGAUGUGAGUGGGGCCCUCCACAGGCGACCAUGGAGGAACUGUGGCGUCUGGCCUCAGGUGUGUUCCAGGUGUGGGUCUUCGUGGUCCUGGUUCUGAUCAUGCUGCCAGCCAUGUUUGGCCUGUCGCUGGGUGUGACCGGCAUCUACAUCCAGAUUCUGGUCCAGAUCCUGGAGUGGGCCACGGUUCGGAUCCAGCGAGGCCGGCAGGAGCAGCCCAGCGUGCCGGUGCCGCUGCCUAAUGGGAUCAUCGAGCGCGGUGCCGGGUCCAUGGAGGACGAGCUGCGGCAGCUCAGCGACUCCGGGUCUCGGGCUGGGCGCCGGUUCUGCCUCAGCGACGUCCUGUUCUUUCACAGGAAAGGUGUGGAGAGCAUCGUGGACGACCAGGUGACUCAGCGCUUCUCCUCCGAGGAGCUGGCCUCAUGGAACCUUCUGACCAGAACCAACCAGAACUUCCGCUACAUCAGCCUCCGGCUCACCGUCAUCUGGGGGGUGGGCGUCUUGGUCCGCUACUGUGUCCUCUUCCCACUCAGGAUCACACUGGCCAUCAUCGGACUGACCUGGCUGGUGAUGGGGACCACUGUGGUGGGUUUCCUGCCCCAGAGCAGUGUGAAGGACUGGCUGAGCGAGGUGGUCCACCUCACCUGCUAUCGGAUCUGUGCCCGCGGGCUAUCAGCCACCAUCCGCUACCACAACAGAGAGAACAAACCGAGGAAGGGGGGGAUCUGUGUUGCUAACCACACCACACCCAUCGACGUGGUCAUCCUCGCCAACGACGGCUGCUACGCCAUGGUGGGUCAGGUACACGGGGGUCUACUGGGGGUCAUCCAGAGAUCAAUGCUGAGGUCAUGCCCCCACGUUUGGUUUGAAAGGUCCGAGAUGAAGGAUCGCCACACGGUGACCAGCAGACUGAGAGAUCAUGUAGCAGCCAAGACCAAACUGCCCAUCUUGAUCUUCCCUGAAGGGACUUGUAUCAACAACACUUCAGUCAUGAUGUUUAAGAAAGGCAGCUUUGAGAUUGGAGGAAUCAUCUAUCCAGUAGCCAUCAAGUACGACCCGCGGUUCGGGGACGCCUUCUGGAACAGCAGCAAGUUCAGCAUGGUGAGCUACCUGCUGAGGAUGAUGACCAGCUGGGCCAUUGUGGUCAACGUGUGGUACCUGCCCCCCAUGACCCUGCAGGAAGGUGAGGAUGCCGCUCAGUUCGCCAACAGAGUCAAGUCAGCCAUCGCUCGCCAGGGAGGCCUCUUGGACCUGGCUUGGGACGGGGGUCUGAAGAGGGGGAAGGUCAAAGACACUUUUAAAGAAGAACAGCAGAGACUCUACAGCAGCGUCGUCAUGGGUUACCAGCAGGAUGACCAAUCACACGUCUCCCCUCAGUCACCUGAUGCAGCUGCAGCACUGGACUGCAAGAGGCACCACCACAAGUCCACGUAGAACCUGUUGAGAUGAAGCCGUGAGUGAGUGAGUGAGUGAGUGAGUGAGUGAAUUUUCUUGGUUCUGAUGUUUGUGGAAUGAAAACAACUGAAAAUAAAGUCUUGUUGGUUACUUGCUCCAUG